AUGAGCAUAUAUUUCGAUGGAUCAUAAUGUGGAGUGUAAAUUCAACCUCUGCCGUACUAAUCCUAUUAUACUAUUGAAGGAAUAUAUUAAUAUUUACAGUAGGAAAAUAUUAAUGCAUCUUAAUACUACUUAACAGUUGAUGGAUCACCUUUACACCCACAAGAUAAUACAUUAAUUGGAUAGAUUAUGUAACCAAAUUCAGCUUUCACAAUUAUGUAAUACCAGCAAAUAGAGGUUUCAAUUUUUUUCGAUUAAUAAUAAAUAUCUUAAUUAACACUUAAAAACAUAAUAAUAAUAGAUGUAAAUAGUUUAAAUGCAUAUUGAAUAGAUAUUGACCUAUCUGAGAUAAUAAGGGAAUAUUUUUCCAUAAAAUAUUGCAAUAGAUUUUUAUGAUGGUUAACAACACUUAAUAGCUUAAGAUGUUGAUGUUAAUUAGUAAUUGUAUAAUUACACCAAUGGAAAUUAAGUUGUGAUGAUAAACAUAAGAUUAAUUUAAUAAGAUAUUUAAACAGUGUAUGAUAAUAAUUUUCAAUCAAAGUACUUAUAUAAAUUUAUUAAUUAGCGUUUGUGCUUAGGAUCUUCUUUAAUAAUUAAUUUUACUCAAGAAUUUAAGUUUGUUGAUUGAUCCAAAUAAUUAAUUUGUUGUUUAUAAAUACCAUUUCCCAACUAUGGUUUAAGGAUACUUAUAAAAAUCUUAAGGUUAUGAUCCAGAGCAGUGUACUUAAUUUAAUUGGAAGGGUUAAGAUUGGGUUGAUAAAAAUUCAAUAAAAUACUGUUCUUUUGAUGAUUAUGGAUUUGCUAUUUUGUGGGAUGAUGGAAGGCUAAGUUCGGUGAAAAUCAAAUAAUUAUGA